AUGGAGAAUCAAACAAUUGCUAAGAAAAUUGCAUCAAAAAUUGCAAGGCACAAGAGAAAAUUAAUCCUUCAACAGAAAAGAAGAAUCAUAAAUAUGAAAAGGAGCGGUUAUCAACGCAUAUCUAUUGGAUUUUCCACAACAGCAGGUAUCACUUAUAAUUCUAUGAGUAACAUUCCACUUAAUGAUAUGCCUUCAUCAGUGGUAAACAGACUGAUUCAAAAUAGGCAAUCCAUACCAAUUGCAUCAUCCACACCACCAGAUGUGGUUUCUACUUCUAUGACCAGGACUCCACUUUGUGAUAUUACUUCAUCAGUGGUGAAUAGACUAAUUCCAAGUUUACAACCUGGUGAUCAAUCUGUUAAUGAAACACUCAUACAUAAAAAACCCAUUCCAUCCAAGAGUUGUAUCAAUGUUGAAGGAGUAAAAGUUAACUUGAGAAGCAAGUUUGAUGCAGUCAACAAAGUUCAAAAAAUAACUACUGUUCAAAAUACAUCUACAAUUCCAAAUUCUGACCAGAGUUAUGAUGAGAAUAAAAGAAAACAAACAGCCUCUCAAACUGGUCAUAAUGAGUUUCAACAAGACUCCGAUAUAUCUUCAAGCAGUGAAGAAGAUGCUUAUGACAGUUGCACAGAUAGUGACACAGAUCAAGAUGAUUCUGUUGAAUGCAUUACCUUAUCUGCAGCUAAUUCUCCACAAGGUUAUUCGGACAUUGGUGAUCCUCUACAUGAAUGUCAAUCAUGCGGAGCUCAAAUGUGGUAUCAAGAGAGGCGCGCAAAAUCCAGACACGCCGUAGAACCAACUUUCCAAAUUUGUUGUGGUAAUGGAAAAGUUCAAUUGCCAUUCCUAAAACAUCCACCUCAAUGUCUGGAAAAACUAUUGUUUGACAAUAUUUCCAAACAAAGUAAAAGCUUUCAGCAAAAUAUCAGGAUGUACAAUUCAAUGUUUUCUUUCACCUCACCUGGAAUGAAGUUUGAUAAAAAAACCAACAAGAAUGGUAAAGGGCCACCAGUUUUGAGAUUACAUGGACAACCCUGUCAUAGAAUGGGAAGCAUGUUGCCAAAGGAUGGCGAAUUUCCAAAGUAUGCACAACUUUAUAUCUAUGACACCGACAAUGAAAUAGCCAAUAGGAUAAAUAGUUGUGGGGGUAACAAAGCUAUUGAUCCUGAAAUCGUGACCAGCUUGGCUUCAAUGCUUGAUCAACACAAUGUCCAUGCUAAAGUUUUUCGAAUGGCAAGAGAUAAAUUAAAGCAAGGAAAUGUGAAUGAAUUGAAACUGAGACUAAUUCAUGAUAGGAAGACUGAUGGAAGGAUAUAUAAUCAUCCCACUGUUUCUGAAGUAGCAGCUCUUAUUGUCGGUGAUGUUGAUGCUGGAGAUACAAGAGAUCUAAUAAUAGAACAACGUAGUGGAAAACUUGAAAGAAUCAAUGAAUUCCAUUCAGCAUACCUUGGAUAUCAAUAUCCUCUACUAUUUCCAUAUGGAGAGGAUGGAUAUAGACGUGGAACACUACAUAAAGAAAGGCCCGAUGUCAUAAUUACAAAGAGAAAUCGACUCACAAUCAUGGAUUGGCUAUCUUUUCGAAUCCAAAUGAGAAAAUCAGAGGCUCAAACUCUAAUUUCUUCCAGAAGACUUUUCCAACAAUUUUUAGUUGAUGGUUUCACAAUGAUGGAGGCUGAAAGGUUAUCAUUCAUUAGAAACAAUCAAUCUACCUUAAGAGUAAGUAAAUAUCAAAAACUUCAUGCUGCUGAAGGAACAAAUGGGAAAACUGGUAAAAGAGUUGUAUUGCCUUCAACUUUUGUUGGUAGCAAAAGAUACAUGGACCAGUUAUAUUUUGAUGGUAUGGCCAUAUCUGCAGCAGUUGGUUUCCCUGAUUUGUUCAUAACCUUUACAUGCAAUCCAAAUUGGCCAGAAAUUAUUAGAUUACUUGACAGCAAACAUUUAAAACCUCAUGAUCGUCCAGAUAUCAUAGCUAGAGUUUUUAAAAUCAAAUUUAAUGAGUUGCUCAAAGAUCUUACCAAGAAUCAUGUCCUCGGAAGAGUAAUGGCAUAUUUGUACACUAUUGAAUUUCAAAAAAGAGGUUUGCCACAUGCUCACAUUUUACUAUUCCUUCACCCAUCAAGCAAGUUUCCAACUCCUGAUGAUAUUGACACCAUUAUCUCAGCUGAAAUUCCAGAUCAGUCAACACAGCAGGAAUUGUAUCAAUUGGUCAAACAUCACAUGAUUCAUGGCCCUUGCGGUAUAACACAUACCUCUUCACCUUGCAUGCAACAAACUGGCAGAUGUUCAAAGUAUUAUCCCAAAAAAUUUGUUGAAAAAACUAUUGUUGAUCAAGAUGGUUAUCCGAUUUAUAGAAGAAGAUCAAAUGGUCAUACUAUAACAAAAAGUGGAGUAACAAUGGACAAUAGAAAUGUUGUCCCUUACAAUGCUUUUUUGUUGUUGAAAUAUCAAGCACACAUCAAUAUGGAAUGGUGUAACCAAUGUACCUCAAUCAAAUAUCUCUUCAAAUACAUACACAAAGGAUAUGAUAGGAUCACAGCAUUUGUUUCUCCCUCCAUUAAGCAAAAAAGUUCUAAAAAUGAAGAAAUUGAUGAAGUCAAAGAAUACAUUGAUUGUAGAUAUGUAUCUCCAUGUGAAGCAUGUUGGAGAAUCUUUUCUUUUCCUAUCCAUGGUAGGAAACCUGCAGUUGAAAGAUUAUUCUAUCACUUAGAAGGACAGAAUUCUGUUUAUUUUCAAGAUUAUGAAAAUCUUGAUGAUGUUCUUCUUAAACCAAGCGUCACCGAAUCAAUGUUUACUUCAUGGUUAGAGGCAAACAAUACAUUCCCAGAGGCAAGAACUCUUACAUAUGGUCAAUUUGUCUCUAAGUUUGUUUAUGUCAAGAAGUCUAGAAAGUGGAAGCUAAGAAAAAGAGGAUACACAAUUGGAAGAUUAAUUUGGGUUCCUCCAAGUACUGGUGAACUCUACUAUUUUAGAAUGAUGUUGGCAGUUGUAAAGGGACCAACAUGUUAUGAUGAUAUCAAGAAAAUUGGAAAUACUCAAUACUUUACCUACAGAGAUGCUUGCUUUGCCAUGGGAUUUCUUGAAGAUGAUAGACAGUACAUCCAAGCUAUAAAGGAAGCUAAAGAUUGGGGUUCCGGCCAUUUUUUGAGAAAGCUUUUUGUCAUUAUACUACUUGCAAGAACAAUGAAUCGUCCUAGACAUGUAUGGGAUGAAACUAAAGUUUGGUUAUCAGAUGGUAUUCUCCAUCGACAACGGAUUAUUGCGAACAACAGAGAACUGCAGUUAACCGAAGCACAGCUUGAAAAUUUGACUCUAAUUGAGAUUGAAAAAUACUUAGAAGCCAACAGAAAAAGCUUGACAGAUUUUCCAUGCCUUCCAUUUCCAAACGACUAUGUCACAGCAGAAUUGGGAAAUAGACUAAUUUAUGAUGAGCUCAAUUAUGAUGUUCAUCAACAAAGAGAGGAAUUUCGCCAAUUGUAUCAGUCACUUACAGAUGAACAAAGAGGCAUAUACCAAACAAUUAUGAAGGCAGUCAGAAAACAACAAGGAGGUGUAUUUUUCUUACAUGGUUAUGGAGGAACAGGUAAAACAUAUAUGUGGAGAACACUUGCUUCGUCCCUCAGAUCAAAAUCACAAAUUGUUUUGACCGUUGCCAGCAGUGGAAUAGCAUCACUAUUAUUACCUGGAGGAAGAACCGCACAUUCAAAGUUUAAGAUUCCGGUUCCGACUUUAGAUAAUGCUACGUGCAAUAUAGAACACAAUGAUGAUCGGGCAGCACUUCUGAAACAAACCAAACUCAUCAUAUGGGAUGAAGCUCCAAUGGCGCAUAGGUAUACUUUUGAAGCACUUGAAAGAACACUGAGAGAUGUUAUGAGUUCCUUUUCAAACAGUCAAACAAUUUUCGGUGGAAAGGUUAUAGUUUUUGGAGGUGACUUUAGACAAAUACUUCCAGUGGUACCAAGAGGUUAUCGUUCAGAUAUUGUACAUGCCUCCAUCAACUCCUCAAAGAUAUGGGACCACUGUAAAGUAUUGACUUUAACUCAAAAUAUGAGGUUGAAAAAAAACGGAAACGAUCAUGAAAUAGCCAAUUUUUCAAAGUGGCUAUUAAAAGUAGGAGAAGGCAGACUAUCAGAGCCAAAUGAUGGUUAUGCUGAUGUAGAAAUUCCAAAGGAACUGCUAAUUCUUGAUUAUGAUGAUCCUAUUCCUGCUAUAGUUCAAAGUACUUAUCCAAACUUGGUCGAUCAAUACAAAUGUCCAAAUUAUUUGCAAGCAAGAGCAAUUCUAGCUUCCACAAUUGAAGUUGUCGAACAGAUCAACACAUAUGUUUUGAGCUUGAUACCAGGUGAUGCUCAAGAUUUUUACAGCUGUGACUCAAUCGAUCGUGCUGAUGUUAAUGAUUGUGAGAUAUUUGAGACGUUGACUCCUGAAUUUCUAAAUUCUCUUAAAACAUCUGGAUUACCAAAUCACAAAAUCAGUUUGAAAAUUGGAACACCGAUAAUGCUCAUGAGAAAUCUUGAUCAAUCGGAAGGCUUAUGUAAUGGUACUAGAAUGAUAGUAACAAGACUUGCAAAUCAUGUCAUUGAGGCAAAAAUUAUAAGUGGAAGACAUCUUGGAAACACAAUGUAUAUUCCACGAAUCAAAAUGUCACCAUCACAAUCACCAUGGCCAUUUAAGCUAAACAGAAUACAAUUUCCAAUUAUAGUCUCAUAUGCCAUGACCAUCAAUAAAUCACAAGGUCAGUCAUUGGAUUAUGUUGGAAUAUACUUGCCAAAGGAUGUCUUCAGUCAUGGUCAACUGUAUGUGGCAAUGUCAAGAGUUACCACCAAAAAAGGUUUGAAGAUAUUGAUAUAUGAUAAAGAUAAAAAAGCAGAUAACAUUUUUCCAACUUCAACUACUAAUGUUGUUUUCAAAGAGGUUUUUGAAAACCUUUAG